AUGCCGCCCUCCUGGACAAACACCGCGUCCGACAAAUUGACAUUGAAGUCAACCAAGCCCAGGUCGCGCGGCAAGGAAUUCCAUCAAAGGUCACUACACUCAAAUGAUUAGAUGAUAAGACAGAUCGAGAGUAAAUUCAAAGACGAAAAAGUAUGUUUUGCAUCUGCAAAAUUAAACACGAUAUCUGUACAUUAUAUUGAUAUGAUAUUGCUUACUUGAAUGUUUACCAUUUUAUGUGUAAACAUGUUAGAUAAAAUAAUGCAAAAUACUUAGUGCCGUGCAUUUUCUAAAAAAAUCAAUGACAAAAAAACUGCAAAAAAAAGUUAACUUAUUACCAGGUAGGUCGGAAAUAGAUAACCAAGUAGAAAAUCAUCGUUUCGUUUCGUUUAUCCAAAGGUAAAGCUUACAUUGUUAGAUUUCGAAUCCAAAUUUUUUACACAAUAAACAAAUUGUUUCUUUGCGUUUUCAAUAAAUAAUGUUGAUCAUUAUAAUCUUUAAAAAUACCUCGGGAACCUAAAUGAACGCGGUGAAAGACUAAACUUUCAUAGGUGAUUGCUGGUGUUUAUUCUAUAGUUAUUUUCGAAAAAUUAAAAGCACACUGGGCAACCAAACGAUUUGAUUUUAUGGGGCUCAUACUGCAAUUUAUCACCAUUUUAGAACUCUCACAAAAAUUGCGCCAAUGCUAAGAAAGAUUAAUCUUUCACUGCUUCUGCGUUAGCCUCCAGGAUAAAAUCUAUGUUGUCAUAAUUCAUCCAGUGUUUACAUAAUCCUGUUAUAACAAAACGCAAGCCACCCUCAGAUUUAAUAGAAGAAAAAAAAUCAUUAAACAAAAACGGUGAUCUCGAGCUUUUAUAUCCAGUUGUUUCUACGUAUAGAAAGCACAUUACAUUCUAACUAUUGUAAGAAAACUAAGUAUGUAUGCUAACUAAUGGCUAAUCUGUACAAAUAAUCAUAAGAUAUCGGCCAGUUUCGCAUGUAAAAUCACCUAGCAUCUACUAAUUGUCGUCAGUCACGAUAAACGAAGCAUCGCAUAACAAGCAAACAUAACGCAUCAUGUAGGAGGAGGGAUUUCGCAACAGUUCGAACACCGGUUGGCAGAACCUUUUGAAAAUCCAAUGAAACUUUAGGAAUGUAAAGCCUUUAGCUAAAUAAGCAACUUUGCAUACUUAAGUUUUCUGUUUCAAAAUUAAUUUAGAUGUUUGACUUUCGAAAAACGGAUCGAAGAUUUCUCAUUUCAAUUGAAAAUAUUAUCCAAAAAUGACGAGACUUUCUACGAAAAUGUCUCUCGAUAAAGCUCCCUUUUAAAUUUUCAAACUCUUUUUCUGUUUUCCGAGGUUCAUUUGCUGGCUGUAUACAUUUUUAUAGCAGGUAAAUGUUUACUUGCUAUGAAAAAUCUUCUAAACGGAGCGUACUUUGAACAUUUCACCGAGAGAAGAGUAGGCGGUCGCAGUGAGAAACGAACGCAUUAUUGACUACGCCACAACGACGUUUUUUCGCCUAAACGUAUUUUGACAUUUUUUCUAGAAAAGCGAAUUGCGCACGUUGUGUGCGGAGAUUUUGAAAAUUACUUAUUGCAUUAAUCUUGUAGUGAUAUUUCUCAGUGGAAAUACAAUGAAGUAGACUACAAUAAACCAAAAUAGUUUCGCCAAACGAAUGACAGUAUGCAUCCCUUCGAUGCGCGAAUGUCAUUUGACCAUUUUUUUCUGUGUGCGAGAGCCGACGGUCGUUCUACAGCCUACUGCGACGCACACUAGCAAAGCGAAUCAAAUGUAAGUAUUAACUGUUUACCUGUUUUACGUAAGACUACAUUGUUGAUUGUACGCGGGAAUUUCAUCUUGUCAUUUUUUCCAUCAAUUUCCAAUACCUAUCAUAAACGGGUUUAGAGGAUACAAAUCCUACGUGAAAAUGGAAGAAGAAUUCGAUCCUUCUCCAAAUAGUUAGCUUUGUUUAUUUUUGGGACAAAUCGAACAUGCAAAGUUGCUCGCUUUAAAUUUUUAACAGUCGAGGCUUUCUAGUUAUGUAGAACAGCACAGUUUGUACUGUUGCGCUCGGUAAUAAACAUGCUAUGAGAAAACGUCGCUAGUGGUCAAUCCUUAUGAAAUAAGUAAAAUAAACAAUCAUGUAAAAUUUCUGCAGAUACAUUAGGCCUGAUAGUAGUUUGAUCUAAUCAAACGUUAUUUUUUAUCAGUUUUCUAUUGUCAGUGAGUUAUUCUUUUGUUUACAUUGUUGACCCUAUCGUCACUUGCUGAUAAUAAGGAAUUUAAAGUUAGGUUAUUUUUAUUUACUGUGUGUUUGUACGUUAACGCCAGCACCACAUAACAUGUAACCAUCUAACCAGUUAAGGGUAACUAUCUUUAUCUAUUCCAGUCUCAAUGUGCUGAAUCUGAACUUAUACAAAACUAAAAAUAUCGGUAGAUAGCGCUUCGUUAGAAAUGGUUAGUUAGCACAUAGCACAGGCGUUAAAAAACACGCUGGUUCCGUCUGCAUCGGAUACGAUUUGUCGGUAAAAGAUCAUAGCUGCUAGAUACGAAAACGAUGUAACACUUUCACCGCGCGGUCGGCAGCUCUUACAAACUUUUACAACCCGUAGAUAACUUCAAGCAGCACUCUAUUUCUACUAUUCUAUAGAUAAUCAACUAUUUCCUUCCAAAGUUUUGUUGCAUUCGUUUUUAGUCAGUUAAGGUGAAACUGGACGGUGGCUUUUUUCCAUACAAUUUUGAGGUUAGAUUUUUUUUCACUUGACGAUUUCGAGCGUAAAAAUCUCAGCUUCCACCUAAUAAAUAGCACUCGAGAUGAUACUCUAUGCAUGCGUCAAUGGUGCAAACAAUCGAUCAAAGUUUCACAGACGUUAUUUUAAUGAUUUUCGAGAAAAUAAUUUUGAAAAAUCAAGGCAGAAGUCGAGCACGGAGUUCCACCUUAAACAAACGGUAUAUGCUCGGCUGAUCCGGGGUACUGCUAGUACUGUUAGAAGUGGGCAUCGUGGUGUGUUGAGAUAUAAUGUAAUAAUUUGUCAGAAAGCACAAUUAGCCAUAUUGGAAAUACAUUGGCAGGAACUCCAUUUGUUUACAAACAAAUACCGUUAACAAAUUAUCAUUUUCUUUUCAUUUUACUUUAUCGAUUGAUUUACUCACAUAGGAAGGAAACAUAAACACAAAAAAGUUACUAUCUGUUGUUCAAAGAUACUUCGUUUCCAGUUCUUAAGUAAAAAGAUUCUUUUCUGCGUCACUUUUUUAGCAAACUGUUACACCGUGUUCUACAUACUAUGAUGGGGGGUAAUUCCUGUGCUGUAAGGAAAAUUUGAACAUCCUUCCUUGAUACUCAAUAGCCUGAUGGAACGACGUAACAUUGGGAUCAUCAUCUUUGACAGAUUAUAUUUUCUUCCAAUUCAACUUUUAAUCAUUAACCCAUAAACAAAUACUCAAAAUCAGUUAAACCGACAAUUUAAAUUUUCCAUGAUUGAGGUCUCAUCUCUGUGCCAGCAGAAACUUACCUAUUACUACUGUCCCUUUUUUUUUGAACCUAAGCAACGCCACUGUGUUAACCAAUAAACCAUUCAGAAACCUUUAUGUGCAAACCUCAUUUGCUGAUAAACAGGAGAGUGUUCAAAGUUUAUCAUAAUACAACCUAAAACGUUUUGAGAGCACCUGACACUUGGAACCACUAUCAAAGCCGGCAGUUCUUAUUAUCUUGAUUGAUGUGAAUCUCGGAAUUCAUAAAUCUGCGAUAGUGUCAUUUUUGUGCGCAACACAUUUUUCUGUAGGGAUUUUUCUGUAACACAGCAUACAUCCAGACACUAAAAAGACUUUAAAACUAGCAUUGAAAUCCAGUUGUAGCACGCACUGCAGAAAAAAAAAUAUCUGCAGGUUAGAAACUGCAAGGCAAACAUUUUUACAUCUAUUUUCGUUUAACUUAUAUAUAUGCAGUUGAAAAUAAGCGGCAAACAUAAACUAGGCUUUUUAUAAAAGAUUUUCGUAAAAAAAUUCGACAAAAUGCAAAAAAUAAAUGCGCUAAAACUAGAUGUAAAUACGAAUAUUUGAACUAAAUAUUGUAAUAAAUCAUAAAAAAAGCAAACAACAAACGUUAAUUUUAGAUAAACCGUCAAAUGAAAGAUAAAUUACAUAGCAAAUCGAUAAACAUCAAUUUGUUCAGCCAUUAUCAAACAUGUUCAUGCACGGAAUAAAUAUAAACAAACAAUGAAUAACAAAACAGAACAAAUGCCUCAAAUAAGUUGCGUUAUGUUAACAAUUUAGGUAGCAGUAAAUAUUGUUUUAAACGUAAAAAAAAACGAACAGCGCAAAACAUCACAAGGUACAUAACGUAAAACGAUUCAUUUUUGCUCCCGAAACAGGAACUGAUCAAGCUUAAUACUCACCUUAUAGAAUAAAAAAAGAGAAUAAUGAAAACAAAAUACAAACAAACAUACCAACAGAGAACUAUAGGUUGUAACGUGCUGCUACAUUUUACCUUAGAAAAUAAAUCCCCCUUGCCCAUUUUUAGUGAGUUGCCUUUAGCCGUGCUCUGUACCAUAGGUUUUACGCCAUGUAACUUGUGAUAACGAUAUCUAGGUAACGGGAAUGCGAACUUGGGACCGCGCGAAACCCGUAGUGUAGAGCAAUUCAAUUUCACGUUGAAAUCGACCUCUAGGAUCAGUGAAACUUUGUACAAAUGCAAAAUGCAGGAACGGAAAAUUUCUUUUCCUAUUUUUACAAGGUUCCAAUCUAAUCGAAGAACGUUUCUGCGUGGAGUUACUUUGCGAAACAAAAGACGGAAAAACAUCAAUAUUACUAUAAGGUCGUGAUUCAGGAUUAGAUUAAAGAGAAAGAGAUCACUUCGACACGAUAGAAAAAAAAAACGAAUCAGGUGCGUUUUCUUAUUUUUUUUUGUGGUACAUUUUUAGUGCGUGCCGCGUGAUUAGAGCGUGAUAAGCUAUAUUUAUUGUGUACAAUCGAAUCUGUUUGAACCGCUUUUUUCAACCUUCUACAGAGAAUUAAACAAAAAAACAAACUUAUCCGCGUAGGAACUGAAGAUAGUGAAUACCAGCGAACUAGCUAAAACCGUUUGAGUAAUAAAAAAAAUCACUUACUGAAGACAAACUGAUACUACCAUAAAAUAUGUGUUGACAUCUGGUACGAUACUUGAGCUGUAGUAGAAAUUGUGCGUGUUCAAUUUAAGUUUGUUUAUAUUCGUACAUAAAUUGUUUGCGACACAUGGGGUAAGAAAGAUGCAAGGAAAUGUUGUUAAUGUUAAUAUGAUUGUUAAUUAUAAAUUUAAAUAAAAAAUCGAAUAAGUCAAAAUAA